UGCUCUUCCUGUUGUCUCUCUUCCUGUUGUCUCUCUUCCUGUUGUCUCUCUUCCUGUUGUCUCUCUUCCUGUUGUCUCUCUUCCUGUUGUCUCUCUUGCUAUUGUCACUCCUCCUGUUGUCUCUCCUCCUAUUGUCUCUCCUCCUAUUGUCUCUCCUCCUAUUGUCUCUCCUCCUAUUGUCUCUCUUCCUAUUGUCACUCUGCCUAUUGUCACUCUUGUCACUCUUCCUGUUGUCUCUCUUCCUGUUGUCUCUCUUCCUGUUGUCACUCCUCCUGUUGUCACUCCUCCUGUUGUCUCUCCUCCUGUUGUCUCUCCUCCUGUUGUCUCUCCUCCUGUUGUCUCUCUUCCAUGUCAAAAUAUGGCAUUUCCAGCACACACGUGCUUUUUCUUCACCUAAGGCAGAUAACAAUUAAUGUCUUCAAAGCUUAG